UGUUUUACACGAAGGAAAUUUCGCAAAAUCAAAGAUGGCUUCUUCAGGGCUUUGUCGACUGUCCUCUACAGUGUUGGCAAGACCUGUAAACUGUGUUCGAUACUGGAACAAUGUACCAGCCCUCCAAGCUGGACAGAAAACGAGAAUAAGGCGUGGACAGGCAAGAGAUGGAAUAGCUUACGGACCUCUUACAGACUUACCAGAUUGGAGUUUUGCAGAUGGGACACCUGCUCCAGAAACAAGGAGAAGGAGAAUAAGGCGUUACAAGAAGAUGGAUGUGGCACAUCAAAUUUUGACUUAUCUGAAUGAAAUGGACAGAGCAGAACAUGCCAGGGAUGAAGAAGGCAAUGUAAUAGACCCCACCAUGCUCCCAGACAAACACCAAGAAAGUAGCAACAUCAGCACAACAACAACAACAGCAAAACAACACCAAGAGCCAACUUCAAUUGAGUGAUGAUUCGUGAUUCUUACAUGGCAAACAUGUCAGCUGACCAUAAUGUCUGCAGGCUUAGUUUGAUUAGACGAGCUGUUGGGAAACAGAAAUAUCUCACCUCUAGUGGGUAACUAGGCAACAUGAAAUAUCCAGAUGAUGUCAGGAUCACGUGAUAAUUUUCGGAUGCUUGUGUAUGUUAUUCUGAAUGGGCGGCAAGAAUCGAUAAGUCUAUGGAUAUUUUGAACCAUUCUGUGACAAUUUCUUUGAAAGGCACUUGUCUUCUCAACUAGUUAACUGAUAACUGACCGUUUCGUUUCUCUGUGCAGUUUUACAAACAAGUCCGAAUCGAACUGUAAUGUUUGUGAUUUUUAUCAUCGAUUGUAGAAUUUAGCUACUUAAACUGACCUUGAGAUUCCACUCCAGUGCAGUUUUUUACUCACUUCACAGUCCCCUUAUCAUCGUCACUGCCUUUUAUUUAACACUCGAGACGGGGGUGCUCGUCGGAGAUUUUGAAAAGAACCCUUAGGAGGUACUAAGAUCCUGUUUUGUG